UCCCGCCCCUGUGUGGGAGGAGUCCUGCGUGUGAACGGUUCCGGUAUUGAGUUGUUGUUUGAUAGAAGGUGACGCGAGGUUCAGCGCUAGUUGUUCAUGGACCAGUUGUGUGCAGUGCCACUGUUAAAAUGGGACAGAGCACCUUGGGACCAGAGUCCCAAGAACCAUCAGAGCAGGAGUCAUAUGCAAAUUUAAAGACAUUUGUGGAGGACCAGCUUCAGACCAGCAUGAUGGUGGGAAUAGUGCUUGGUGCUGGCAUCGCCAUCGUCCUCAUCGCCACCUUCAUCUUCUUUGUGCUGCGCAGGAUUCACCUUCGGAACCUCGCGGCUCAAGAAGCCCCCAAAUACCGCUUCCGCAAGAGAGACAAAGUUUUAUUCUAUGGCAGGAAGAUCAUGAGGAAAGUCUCGCAGUCCACCUCGUCUCUAGUCGGAACGUCAUCGUCUUCUUCCUCCCGUCCGAGACUGAAGAAGAAACAGAAGAUGCUCAACAUCGCUAAAAAGAUCCUGCGCUUUAAGAAGGAGGUGCCCACCCUGCAGAUGAAGGAGCCUCCUCCCUCAGUGCUAGAGGCUGAUCUGACGGAGUUUGAUGUUGCCAACUCGCACCUACCCUCAGAAGUGCUCUACAUGCUGAAGAACGUGCGUGUAUUAGGCCACUUUGAGAAGCCAUUGUUUCUGGAGCUGUGUAAGCACAUGGUGUUCCUGCAGUUCCAGCAGGGCGAGUAUGUCUUCAGACCCGCACAACCGGACAGCAGCAUCUAUGUAGUGCAGGACGGCAAACUGGAGCUCUGUCUUACUGGUCAGGAUGGGAAGGAUGGAGUGGUUAAAGAGGUGUUUCCAGGAGAUUCGGUUCAUAGUCUACUGAGCAUUCUUGAUGUCAUCACAGGUCACCAGAGGCCGUAUCGGACGGUGUCUGCCAGAGCUGCAGAGGUGUCCACAGUCCUGCGUCUGCCUGUCGAGGCUUUCCUGUCCAUCUUUGAGAAGUAUCCAGAGAGUUUAGUGCGUGUGGUGCAGAUCAUCAUGGUGAGGCUGCAGAGAGUGACUGUCCUGGCUUUACACAACUACCUAGGCCUCACUAAUGAGCUCUUCUGUCAUAUGUUCUUUUCGCAGGAGAUGCAACCGCUGCGCUUACCCGUGCUCUCUCCACACGCCAACCGCACCAGCCCUGUACGCCACAGCAAACGCUUCAGCAGCCUCACUGUGCCCGAGGAGCAGCGGGAAGCCGCCGUCCGAGAAGCCAAUGCAGUGGAUCAUGGGAAGGAAGGCAGCACCAUCCCGACCCUGAGCAGGGCUAUCUCCAUGCCUGUGGACAUUGCUGGCAUGCAAAAGGGCCUGCGUUCAGAUUUCGACAUGGCAUAUGAGAGGGGCCGGAUUUCUGUGUCUGCCGAGGAUGGAACACCCACAGCACCCACGUUUACACGGGAGCAGCGAGAGAGAAGAGUAACAGUAGAUGAGGUGCCGUCGGGCGUGUACCUGUACCCCGAGGAGGAAGUGAGCACAGAGAACGUUUACGGCCCGUUGCCAGGACGAUCCAGCGCCACCCUGUUCGAGGAGGCUCAGAAGGAGUUUCUGAAACUAAUGAAAAUCGAGGACGCUGCACUGCUGAAUGGACGAGUGACCUUGCACCAUGCCAAAGCAGGCACUGUCCUGGCCAGACAGGGAGACCAGGACGUGAGUCUUCAUUUCGUGUUGUCCGGCUGCCUGCACGUGUAUCAGCGUAUGAUCGACAAGCAGGAGGACGUGUGCCUGUUCGUGACGCAGCCGGGUGAGAUGGUGGGUCAGCUGGCCGUACUGACCGGAGAGCCGCUCAUCUUCACCGUCCGCGCGCUCCGCGACUGCACCUUCCUCAAGAUCUCCAAAUCUGAUUUCUAUGAGAUCAUGAGGGAGCAGCCCAGUGUGGUCCUGAGUGCAGCUCACACUGUGGCCAUGCGUAUGUCUCCAUUUGUAAGGCAGAUGGACUUCGCCAUCGACUGGAUGGCUGUGGAGGCCGGACGUGCUCUCUACAGGCAGGACGAUCAGUCUGAUUGUACGUACAUCGUGCUGAACGGUCGUCUGCGCUCCGUCAUCCGGAAGGCGAACGGAAAGAAGGAGCUGGUAGGGGAGUACGGUAGAGGAGAUCUCAUCGGGGUGGUCGAGGCUUUGACCAGGCAGCCACGGGCAACAACGGUUCACGCAGUCCGAGACACGGAACUGGUGAAACUUCCAGAAGGAACACUAAACAACAUUAAGAGACGUUAUCCUCAGGUUGUUACUCGGCUGAUCCAUUUGUUGGGCCAGAAGAUUCUAGGAAACCUUCAGCAGCCCCGUGGACCUUUCUCAGGUUCAGCUCUGGGUUUGCCCAGCAUGCCAUCCAGCCCUGAUGUCACCAACCCAGCCAGUAACCUCUCCACUGUGGCUGUGCUUCCUGUUUGCGACGAAGUGCCAAUCAAUGCCUUUAACCUGGAGCUCAGUCACGCUCUCAGUGCCAUAGGACCCACUUUGCUUCUGACGAGUGAUAUUAUCAAAGAGAGACUUGGAGCUUCUGCUUUAGAUAGCAUUCAUGAGUACAGGUUAUCAGGCUGGUUGGCCCAGCAGGAGGACAUCAAUCGUAUAGUUCUGUAUCAGACAGACAGCACGAUGACUCCCUGGACCCAGCGCUGCAUCAGACAAGCUGACUGCAUCCUUAUUGUUGGCCUCGGGGACCAGGAGCCCACUCUUGGACAGCUGGAGCAGAUGUUGGAGAACACGGCAGUGCGGGCUCUGAAGCAGCUGGUCCUGCUGCACCGUGAAGACGGCCCAGGUCCCUCGAGAACCGUGGAGUGGCUGAACAUGCGUAGCUGGUGUUCUGGUCAUCUUCAUCUCAAAUGCCCGCGUAGAGUGUUCUCACGCAGGAGCCCCAGCAGACUGAGGGAGAUGUAUGAGAAAGUGUUUGAGAAGACGGCAGACAGACACAGUGAUUUUUCCCGUCUGGCUCGAGUCCUCACAGGAAACAGCAUUGCUCUGGUACUAGGAGGAGGAGGAGCUAGGGGCUGCUCGCAUGUGGGCGUGAUCAAAGCCAUGGAGGAGGCGGGGAUUCCUAUCGAUUUAGUGGGUGGGACUUCUAUCGGCUCUUUCAUCGGUGCACUGUACGCGGAGGAGAGGAGUGCUGUUCGUGUGAAGCAGCGAGCGAGAGAGUGGUCAAAGGCGAUGAACUCCGUGUUUAAAACUGUGCUAGAUCUAACCUAUCCCAUCACCUCCAUGUUCUCCGGCUCCGCCUUCAACACCAGCAUUUCCAACGUGUUUGAAGACAAGCAAGUUGAGGACUUGUGGCUGCCUUAUUUCAACGUGACCACCGACAUCACAGCAUCUUCAAUGCGGGUACAUAAAGAUGGCUGUGUGUGGCGCUAUGUUAGAGCCAGUGCCUCCUACACACCCUAUUUACCUCCUCUCUGCGAUCCCAAGGAUGGCCACCUCCUCGUGGAUGGUUGCUAUGUAAACAAUGUCCCAGGCUCUCUGUGGCGCUAUGUGCGGGCGAGCAUGACCCUCUCCGGGUACCUGCCGCCCCUCUGCGACCCCAAAGAUGGCAACCUGCUCAUGGACGGCGGCUACAUCAACAACCUACCAGCGGACAUUGCACGCAAUAUCGGAGCCAAAACGGUCAUCGCCAUCGAUGUGGGCAGCCAGGAUGAAACCGACCUGUGUAACUAUGGCGACAGCCUGUCUGGCUGGUGGUUGCUUUGGAAACGGAUCAACCCGUGGGCGGAGAAAGUUAAGGUACCUGACAUGGCUGAGAUCCAGUCCCGACUGGCGUACGUGUCGUGCGUCCGGCAGCUGGAGGUGGUCAAAAAGAGUGGCUACUGCGAGUACAUCCGGCCGCCCAUCGACCGCUUCAAGACCAUGGACUUUGGAAAAUUUGACGAAAUCUACGAAAUCGGCUACCAACACGGGAAACUGUUGUUUACUGGCUGGGCACGUGGUGACAUCAUAGAGAACAUGCUGAAAGAUCACCGCUCGGCCGACUACACCGACAGCAAGAAGACAGACAGCUGCACAUGUCCCAGUGCAGACUUCACAGACCUGGCUGAGAUCGUGUCCAGGAUUGAGCCGGUGCAGAGCUACGUGGCCGCAGACGCGGAGGAGUCAGAUGGACUGACAGAGUACGAGGAAGACGGGAUGGACACAGUGAGAGAAGAGGAAGGUGAGGAAGAGGAGGACGAAGCCGAUGACCCUGAAGACCACUCGCCUGGAGAUUGGGGAGCAAAUGACAUUUUUCAGUCGGAUGAAGAGAAAUCGGUCCGUCAGCGGAGGAAGAACCCCAGCGAGUCCAACACAUGCUCCGAGCUUUCCGACUGCUGACCAGAAGUGACAUGGUGUCUUCCUUUUCCAAGGAUGGACGAGUAGUGGCGUCCCUCCGCAUCCGACUGAGAGGAAAGGAGAGGAGUCGAGGAGGAAGAUGGACAACCAAAGAUACCACUGAAGCCAACCCGAGCAAAAAAUGAUGGCUUGAGCUGCUCUGGGUGUGUGGUGGGAAAACACACAAAGAAAAAAAAAACUAUCACACUGAGCAUCAUGGGAGUUGAGCUUUAAAGGGAUCUAGCUCUCUGAUCUACCAUACGUAUUUUAUUUUUUGUUUUCACCCAUAGAGAAAAGCUCUGGUUAAUGGCCCGUAUAAACUGUGUGACUGGGUGACAUGUUUGUCCUGGUAUGAGGAACUGUAAGUGUCUGGACAGGGGUGGAUGUGUGAGUAUGAGUUUGUUGUGAAGAGCUCACAGAGGUAAGAAACACUCAGAGUGCUGCUAGAACCAACUAGAUUACAGAAGAAACGAGGAACAUCAAGUAUGUAUAAUACUAACAUAGAAAGACAGCUUUAAAAGUGCACUAGGCAAAAUUAAGGUUCCCUAGACUGACAUUAUUGAAUGGAUUCAUUGAACGUAAGUAACACACUUAUUAACUUUAUUUAUUUAUUUAAGCUAAACAAUAAAGUGUUCACACCAUCAACGGUUCAAAUUAAAGAUCGACAUUAACAAUGAUCAACACGAGCAGCACCUUAAUGAACGUGUUUUGGUUGUUAACUGGAAAAAUGAAACAUUUUUAACAUUUAAUAAUAAAAUGGGGACUUAAAAUUGAUCUUUUAUUAGCAACAGGCUAUAAUUAAAAUUUUGCUCAUUCCUGUCGACUUAUUUUUAUUCACGAGUUGAACAUUAGUCAGUGUAGUUGGAUUAAAUGAACAUUUAAACCGACAUCAGUCUACUUUGUUAAUAUUAUUUAUUAAUGCUGGAGUUAAUAUUAAUAAGUAAUAAUGUAAGAUAAUGCAAGACACUACAGGUGAAUAGGGUAAUUUUUUUUAAACAAUAGAUAGCACAAUUUUUGCCAGUUGAUUGUUGAUAUUCUCAUGAGGGUUUUCUUUUGUAUUUGACAAUGUAAUUGACGAUGAUUUUUUUUUUAAAUCUCAAAGAAUCUCGUUAGAAUUUAUAUAUAUGAUUUUUUUUUUUUUUUAAGAAAAGCUUUUUUAUUUAAUGAGUAAAUGCUAUGCACUGUUAAUAUAUUGUGUGAUCUAGCUUAAGCCUUUCUUAAAGCUGCUAGGUUUUGGAGGAAAAACAGUCAAUUAAGCAUUUUUUCAUUGAGUUUUGAUAUUUUUAUUGCUACAGUUUAAGAGAUGGCGUGUUAAGUUACAAUAUACAAAAAAAUUAUAAGAUGGAUUGUGAAAAAUUGUAUUUUUUAUUAUAAUUGUUUUUUUUAACCUGUAGUGUCUUGCUUUAAUAGGGGAACCUUAAUAUACCUUAAAGCAUUAACGUGAAAACUGGACCUAAUGCCUGCAGGUAUUCAUUUAGAUUGUACUAGGGCAUGAAAAUGUUUUUGGAUUAUGCAGCAGUCAGAGUGAAACGACUGGUGGGUCUUAUAUAAUUUCCAUGAGUCAUGUGGGCUGCAAAUUACAAAACAAGAUAGACCUCUAAAUAUUACUUUAGUAAAACAAUGAAAAGUGAUAAAUAUAAGUGUGUGAAAUGAAAUGUGGGAGUGUUGCAGGUUUUUUUUGUGCCCAAGGUAUGUAACAAGGUAUGUACGGGUGAAGUUUAGCUGCUUUGUGUGUCCAAAAACUUUUCAUUAUUGUACAAUUCAUUAAUUAUUCAUGCAGAAAUGUCAGCAGGUUCAGCUGGUUUUUCAGUAGUUAGAAAUCCUGUUAGUCUCAGAGAUUUCACUCAUGCUCAUUUUAACAACUACAGAUUCAAAAUUCAUGUUUCUUAUAUUUCAGUUUUACCUGCUGAAACCAGUUUUUGUUCUUAUAUUCAAGCUGCCAAUUAUUUUGUAUUUAUUUGUUUUACCAUUGACUUAAAAAAAUAUUUUACUCAUUGAAACAAAAUGAAAUGGUUGUAGUGAAGUAAUUCUACAAUGAUAGAUUAUAGUUUCCUUAUGUAUAUUGCUUUAGCAUUUUGCACUGAUUAAGAAAAUAAUUUAUUAACUAAAACUUUUUGCAUUACUAUAAAAACUGAUGUAAUGGAUGACUCCUGAAAGUUGCUAAAAAAUAAAUAAAUACUAAUUAAUGCU